AUAAAUGUAAAUAACAUUAGCCUGCGCACUGCUUACUCAAACUUGAAACCCAUGAACAUUUAAGAACCUUGACGCGCGAUUUGAUGACGACGUUAUCAACAACAACUCAGCUGUUAACCUUGUAAGCUAGCUGGCUAACCAAUACUUUCUUUACAUAAAUUGGUCUUAUAGACAUUUGUUCUCCGCAACCUAUGUAAUUAAACAUAAUUAUCUACAAGAAAAAACGACCAAAGUUGCUAGGAAAUAGCUACUUCUCUUCUUCUUGUUGCAUACAAUCAUCACAAGACUUUGGAAGAGCUGGACCAGAAUUUAUAUGGCAUAAUUAAAUCAGAAUUAUCCUGGUGGGGAUUUUGUCCUCCACCAAUGAACACCAUGUCCCCAAGGAAGAAGCUUCUUGUCCCUGUCAGUAGAAGAAGAAUGGCAAAAGCAGGGGAUGACUUAUUUCCUUUCAAUCUUCUGCCGGUGGAAUGCCAGCUCCAUGUGCUUUCCUUCCUGAGUGAGGUUGACAAGUGCAAUUCUGCACUUGUAUGCUCCAGUUGGAGUUGCCUUGUGCGAUCAGGGAAGCUUUGGAGAGUGGCAGACUUUUCUCGCCGUGGGGUGAUCCACCUUGGACAAGAAGGACUGCUGGUGUCCAACAGAGAGUUUGAGCGUUGGAAAGCAUGGGUUCACCACUACACCCACCACCUUAUAUCCCGUGGGGCAAGCCUGCUCACCCUAAAAGCCAGCUUUGACCUGGGGGACCAGUGCAACAAAUGGGGAGAGCUUCUCUCUGACCUCCUGGAAAAUGUCCACUGCAGGGAUCUCAGUCAUCUGGACCUGAACUGGACAUUCACACUACUGGAGCCACUGGACCUGCGGGUUGGUUCCAAUUCACACCAUGACAGCAUUACCAAGAUCAAGAUGGACCAGGUCACUAACUUUCAGGUGCUACUGGGAAAACUUUCCCACAGCUGCCCUCGGAUCACCAAGAUGCGCCUGCACUUUGACUGGUCUGAGACAUCAGUGUCACUCCUUACUCAUUUCCAGCACCUCCGUGUCCUUGAACUCAAGUACUUUUGGGUCUUCAAAGGAGUAAGCCCAAGCACUUUGCAGACCCUGACCAAGUCACUGCCCAACCUUAAGUCCUUGACAUUGCAUAUCCUGGUGCCACUCCGAAACCUUGGCAUAUCUUACACACUGGAGUCCAUGUCUCUAGAGUUCCUGGAUGUAUCGCCUAGUCGUGGUCUGGUCUUCUCCAGUCUUAAUCUGCCAGCAUUACGGGAGCUAAGGGCCAAAAAGAUUGUCCGUGGCAUUACUUUAGACCGUCGAACCAGGCUUAGGAUACAGAGCAGAUGGCCCUGUCUGUACCAGGUUCUAAGAGAGGGGACCCCCAGGCUACAGGCCCUUAACAAUGAGCGACUGCUUCCUGGUUGGAGAGAGCAGAGUUACAGAGAGCUGUCAUCUAUCCUCCAGCAGUCCUGUUAUUGUCUCCAACACCUGGACAGUUGGCUCUGGUAAACAAAAUGCUAUUACAAGACAGAAUCAUAAGCUGUUGGAAUUCAGUACAGCUUAUCAGGAAUGCAGCAUAGUUAGGCUAAUCAGGGUCCAUUCCAAUGGUGGCUGGAACGUUUUAGCUUAUUCCUUCACCAUUCAAUUGCACAAAAGGAUUGUGUAUUUGAUUUUUUUUAUUUUACCAUCCAACAGACAUUUUAAAAUGUUUUUCUUAACUUAUUUCUUAGUUUACUGAAGAAGCUGAAUCAAUCAUAAUGUUUAAUUGGUUCAAUAUUUCUCUCACACCAUUGACAACUAAAAACAAUACACAUACUGUAUAUACGGAUUUCAUAUUUCAUAUGCUGUUCUUGAGUGAAGGAAUAUAAUAAGCCUUUAGAUCUUCCACGAUAAACAUUUGCAUUGAUUCCUUGUGUGUGAUAUUGAAACAAUAGUUCUCUGUUAAAAUAAUUGUAACAAAUAUACAUUGAAUGUUCAGAAUUUCAACUUAUUCCACUCAAUGGAAAAUUGCCUUUGUGUGAAAUAACAGGUUUACUUGACAUGUUGUCAGGUAUUUUUGGGGGGUAACUUGCUUGUAGGGUAAACAAACACAUAUGUAUUACUUCAAGAAUAGAAUUAGUGAUGCUGCAGUGCCUCGCUUAACCAUGAGGUCCUUAUCCUUAAUGUUUUUGUUUGAACAUGAAGAUUUCUCUCAAAAGGUGUAAUUUGCAACUGCACUGGUAAACAAAUAAUCUGCGCUCUCAUUAAUUAGUUUGUAACCAGCAAUGUAGUUAGGCCUAUUUAUGGAGGGUAUUAGAAUAAUGACAUUCCAACAAAUCAUUGAAUUGUAUCCUGACAUUUCCUUUUUUGUCAUUGUUUUGUUGAUAUAAAACUCCUUUGCUGUGAUUUUACAAUACAAUGGAUCCAUUAAAGGACCCAUGUAAAGUUUU